GUGUCCGGUGCGAGAAAGAGCGUGACACACGCGUGGAACUACAGUAUGGCGUUGUACAGCCGUGUUUGACAGGAAAGCAAGGAUCUCAAAAACAUCUCCAAACCGACGCGUCUGCGCACACAAACCUUCUGCCCUCGACGGCGGGACGACAACUAAAGAUGAGCUCCAGAAUUAAGUUUGGUUUUUAAGACCAUUUCUCAUGUCCUGUUCCAGGGAGAGUCCAGACUCAACCUUUGAAGUGUACCUGGAGGUAGCUAACCCAGGGAAGCAUAGCUCUGGACCAGAGGUGCAACGGCAGUUUCCUGAAGACUACCCUGAUCAGGAAACUCUUCUUACUGUGCCAAAGUUCUGCUUCCCCUUCAGCAUGGACAGCCUAACAAUUAACCAGGUCGGCCAGAACUUCACAUUUGUGUUGACUGACAUUGAGAGUAAACAGAGAUUUGGUUUCUGCCGCCUCUCUUCAGGAGCACACACCUGCUACUGCAUUCUCAGCUACCUGCCCUGGUUUGAGGUUUUCUACAAGCUGCUGAAUAUCCUUGCUGACUGCACUGUCAAAGGCAAGGAAAGCGAGUGGCAGGAGCUCCUGGUGUCACUACAUACACUCCCCAUACCUGAGCCUAGAGUCCCUGUUCACCUUGGUGUGCAUUCCUACUUCACUGUACCUGACAUAAGGGAACUGCCGAGCAUACCCGAGAAUAGAAACUUAACAGAGUACUUUGUAGCAGUAGAUGUCAAUAACAUGCUUCAUCUGUACGCUAGUAUGCUUUAUGAACGUCGAAUCCUCAUCUGCUGUAGCAAACUGAGCACUUUGACAGCUUGUGUACAUGGGUCUGCAGCCAUGUUGUUUCCAAUGUACUGGCAACAUGUUUACAUUCCUGUGCUUCCUCAGCAUCUGUUAGACUACUGCUGUGCCCCAAUGCCUUUCCUCAUAGGAGUACAUUCCAGCCUGAUGGAGAAAGUUCAAGGGAUGACUCUGGAUGAUGUGGUUCUCUUGAAUGUAGACAACAACACCCUAGAAACCCCCUAUGAUGAUCUUCAAAGUCUUCCCAAUGAUGUGGUUUCUUCUCUAAAAAGUCGUUUGAAGAAGGUUUCAACAACAACAGGUGACGGUGUGGCCCGAGCCUUUCUCAAAAGUCAGGCGUCUCUGUUUGGCAGCUACAGGAACGCCCUGCAGAUUGAAGUGGGGGAACCAAUAACAUUCAAUGAGGAGACAUUUAUCAACCAUCGCUCCAGUGCCAUGAGACAGUUUCUCCAGAAUGCUAUUCAGCUACAACUCUUUAAACAGUUUAUUGAUGGUCGCUUGGACCUGCUAAACUCAGGAGAGGGUUUUAAUGACAUUUUUGAAGAGGAGAUCAACAUGGGGGAAUAUGCCGGCAGCGACAGGACCUACACCCAGUGGCUGAUCACAGUGAAGAAAGGGGGUGGAGCUAUCUUCCAAACAGUGAAGACCAAGGCCAACCCAGCCAUGAAGACGGUUUAUAAGUUUGCUAAGGACCAUGCAAGAAUGCGCAUCAAAGAAGUCAAAAGCCGGCUAAAGCAGAAGGAGCAGGGAGAGAAUGGCUUCGCUACACCUGGGUCAGUAGUCAAUGAUGAUGACAGCACAGCAGAAUUUGCAUUCUCCUCUGCUGCAGCCCUGAGGGAUGAACCUCGGAGAACAUGGGAUGCCCACAGGCCAGUCACUGUGCACUUUGGACAGGCCCGGCCUCCAACGAUGUUGAAGAGACCGAGCAGUAAUGUGAGUCUGGAAAGCAGCUGUGACCAUUCUGUCCAUCCUACUCGUCACUAUACAGUGUUUCUGUCAGAGGAUUCAUCUGGGGACGAGCACCAAUAUGAGGAUGAGUCCAUCUCUGGCUUUCCUGACAGUUUUCUUUUGUCCACCCCUUUUGACUGGUCACCUUUGCCACAGCCAUACCGCUCCCUCAAGGAGGUUGAGUUGAUAGAAGGAGAUGAUCUUGGUUUGGGGGCAGAAAGCCACACUGCCCCUCCUAGUCCAGUUACUGAAAGGUUCUCCAAUGUCAACCUCCUGGGGGACGUUUUUGGAUGCCAGGAUGAACCGGAGUGUCAACCAAUCCAUCUGGCUAAGAGUCUGGAAGACCUGAGAACACCUAAAGACUCUGAACAGCUCCAAGCCAGGUUUAACUUCCAGAUGUUGGACCUGAGCAUCAGUGAAAACUCCCGAACGCUUCCAGGGCUCAAGCUCACCAAUCCUUACAACAAGCUGUGCACUUUAGGCCAAGAUAAAUCUCUUUUGCCUAUCUGUGUGCCUCCUACUUGUGAUGGACCUCCAUCUGUCCAACUUCCAGUCCAAAUAGAAUCCUGUUCCCCUCUCCGUGAAACCUCUGACACGGCAGUAGACUCUUCAGACCCCUCUGCCAUUGGCAACAUAACCAUUCCUCGUCCCCACGGAAGGAAGACACCUGAGCUUGGAACUGUUCUGGCACCCCCUGCUGUCCAGUCGUGGUCCAAAGCCACUGGUUAUUGUGAAGGAAGAACUACUCCAGGAAGAGAAGAAUUUAGGCAAGCCUUGAGCAUGACCUCAAAUGAAUACCAGGAGAGGCCCACAAGAGCUGAUGAGGACGUUGUCGAUCUGAUCAGUCUUUUGGACCCCUUGAACAGCUCAGCACAGACCAACCUUUCUGCUCUAACAGAUCAGUUAGAUUUCAGCACAUCAUCUGCAUGCAAGCCAACACUACCACCCAGGCCCUACCCACAGGGUUUGCCACUUUUGCCACUAUAUCCUCACAUAUCACUGAAUCCAUUUGCCCAGUCUUUGCAGCACUACUCGCCUACUGUCAGUGGGAAUCCCUUUAGCACAGUCUAUGGACCUCCACCAGGCUCUUACAUACAUGCUUCUUCCCAGCCACAGUCGUUUUCUACGCUACCAGGACUCCACAGACAGCUAUCCCCCUGCAGUUCCACUCUGCCCCCCAGCCAUGGGCUGGCCCAGUCAGCAUCCCCAUCCUCAGUCACCUCUCUGCCUCGCUCCUCUGACAGCAGCCAUGUUCUCUCUAGCCUGGUGGACUCCACCUCUGUCUUCAGCACACCUAUGAACAUGCUGCCAAAGCCACUGCAGGCACAAGGAGAAAAUCAGAAACCAAAGGAUCCUUUUGGGGACCUGCUCAAUAUGGCCACACCUGUUAUACCACAGAAGAAGAAGGUAGAGGACCUUAGGAGGAAGUGGGAAACAUUUGACUAAUUCUGUGCAUCAUAUGUGCUCUUUUCUCUGCUGUCGCUUUGUCUUGGUUUUUCUGUUGCUUCUAAUGUUGCAUCACUUCUGAUACAGCCUGCAUUCACUCAUGCUGCUUCCAGAUGUUGAAGAAUAUCAACUGAGUACGUGAAAUCUGAGGGUGCUGCCUAUAUUUGCCACUACUCAUUACAAAGGACUAUAAAUAACUCUACAGUUUAUCCAAAGCAGGCUUAAAUUCCAGAAAAGACCUGCCAAAAAAUUGGGAACACAAGUUGUCAUUGUGGUCUCAGCUGGUGUUAACUAUCAAAUUCUCAGUAAAACUCACUCAGUCAUGCACACAUGCUGCAGCAAAAUCAAGCUUUGAAUGAUACCGUUUAUGGUUUUGCCGGGUAAUACUGUUAAUGGAAUCCACCUCAGUGACAGCAUUUGCUGUCUAAAGGAACCUUGAGCUGCGAGCUGAAGGGAUGAAGCCUUAGAUCGGGACCUGUUAACAACAGUUAUUAAACAUGUUUAGAUUGAGAGCUGAGCAGUUUGGUCAUCCACUGGAUUCAGUUUCAUUACAUUAUUAGUUAGGCUGCCAUGCCAUGACUGGCCCCUUAGGUCUGUUUCAGGAAGUAAAUCUUGGAGAUUGGGGAUUUGAAAUGGCUUAUAAUCAUAAGCAGGUGUGAAAUGGACAAAAAUAAAAACAGUUUUCAUUGGUUUUCUGCUUGAGCUUGUCCUUAACUCUAGAAUAUCCUACGGCUGCUGUUGUGCAUAGAGUUCAUCUAAUAGAUUAGUGGUAAUAACUCAUACACUACACUGACAGUCUUGAUCAAGAAGGUUGAAAUCAUGACAUCCCCACCAGUUGUCCUCCUGGCAUCAUUUGUGCUGCUGCUGAGUUGUGUAUCUACUGCUUGCUUUAGCAAGUUCAAUCCCAACAGUCUAUAGCAUAUUACUAAUUGUCAAGACACUACUUUUCCAUCUAGCUUCUUUUGGUGUCAUCUGUAUUUCCUACUAGCACAUAAACACCCUCUAAACAUCACAAAAGCACACUGUAUUUUCCUAGCUAAACAAAUGGUUGUGCCACUCCUUCCAGCCAUUGUUUUUGAAAUGCUUUUCUUGUUUCUUACAUUGUGCUGUUUUCUCUUGGCCUUCAUGAUCAAUCUUAUUAUAUGCUUCUAUACUUGACCUGUGAAAAUGUGUUGCCUCUGUUCUUUAAAAACAACAUAUUUUAAGAAGACACACACAGCUCCAAUAAUGUCCCUACAAUCAUUUUAAAAUUUAUCUCUAAGUAAAUAUAAAUAAGAUUUUUGAAGCAACACGUUUGUAUAGUGUUUUCACUUCCUGCAUCUUUGUGCCAGUUUUACAGAUUUUUUUCUCUGUUAAAUUCUCACUUUCACAAUAAAAUAACUAAGUAGAAAGGAAAACAGCCCUGCCAGAAUGGUCCUCCAAAGCCUACAGUUCAUUGCUUGAAUAAAAGUCAAGUUGUUGUUUAUUGGA